ACCCUUGAAAAUCGAAAACUCUGUCAUCUGAAGACAACUGAAACAAAAACAAAAACAAAAAGAAACUAAAUUAAUUUUCUAGAAACAAAAUUGGAAGAAAAAAAAAAAAAGAAACCUGGUCGAACCCGAAAUCAAGAUAGCCGAAGCUGGAAAGUUUCAGGAGAAGAGAAAGAAGCGGCGGAACAAGAAGAAGAUGUUGUUUCAAGUGGGAGGACAAGGGGCUCGUCCCACCUUCUUUGAAAUGGCUGCUGCUCAGCAACUCCCGGCUAGUCUCCGUGGAGCUCUCACUUACUCAAUUGGGGUAUUGGCAUUGAGAAGGCCGUUCCUUCAUAAGGUCUUAGACUAUGAAGAUGAAUUCUUUGCUUUGCUGAUGUUGGUUCUUGAGACUCAUAGUCUUCGAAAUACAGAUGCUUCUUUUUCUGAGUCUCUAUAUGGUUUGCGGAGGAGAGCAGCAAAAAUAAGAACAAAACAGGCUGAUAUCCGAUCAAAGUCUAAUGAUGGGAUCCAACACUCUAGUCUAGAAAAGCGCCAGAGAGUUCUUUCAGUUGUAUUUUUGGUUGUUUUGCCCUACCUUAAGUCAAAAUUGCAUUCAAUUUAUAACAAAGAAAGGGAAGCCAGGCUUCAAGCUAGUUUAUGGGGUCCUGGUGAUGAGAGAUUUGAAGAUGUUGACUUUGAUGAAGCUGAGGCUUCUAUUGCUUCAAGAACAUCCACAGAAACUGAAGCAACAAUAAGAACACGAUUGGCAAAGAAUAUUCAGAAAAUUAUAGGUGUAUGUUAUCCAUGGCUUCAUGCUACCACUGAAGGACUAACAUUUACUUAUCAACUUUUAUAUCUUCUGGAUGCUACUGGGUUCUAUUCUGUUGGAUUACAUGCACUUGGGAUUCAUGUUUGUCGAGCAACGGGGCAAGAAUUGAUGGAUACGUCUUCUAGAAUAUCCAAAAUUCGAAAUCGUGAGCGUGAGAGGCUUCCAGGUCCUCCAUGGUUAAAGGCAGUACAAGGAGCUUUGCUUAAAUGCACAUAUGCUGUGUUGGACUAUGCACAGACCGGUUUAAUUGCUGCAGUAUUUAUCUUUAAAAUGAUGGAAUGGUGGUAUCAAUCUGCCGAGGAGAGAAUGUCAGCUCCAACUGUGUAUCCUCCACCGCCGCCACCACCACCCCCAAAGGUCGCCAAGGAUGGGAUCCCCUUGCCACCCGAUAGAAAAAUCUGUCCAUUGUGCUCACAGAAGCGUGCAAAUCCAUCAGUAGUUACAGUUUCAGGGUUUGUCUUCUGUUAUGCUUGUAUACACAAGUAUGUUUCUCAGUAUAAGCGCUGCCCUGUCACAUUAAUGCCAGCAGACAUUGACCAGAUAAGGCGACUCUUUCACGACAUGUGACAUCCUUGCUGGAUACUGUGGAUGUAAAUUAAUUCAUUUUUAUACAUUUUCAACAGCCAAAUCAUCGAUAAAAGUAAAGCUGCCAAUGCGCAAUGAGGGCCAAGACGAACACAAGAAGAUAAUGUAGGGAAUUCCUGUUGCCAUUAUUUCUGGCGUUCUCAAAAGUUACUUUAUAUGUAAACGCUUAGAUAACUUUGAAACUACAAAUAUCCUACUAUGGUCAGUCACCAUAGAAACACUAUUGUACACCCCAAAAAAAUCCAUUUACAGUAAAUCUAUAAUUUCGUCAUUAACGUGUACCACAUCGAACAUUUUUAAAAAAAAUUCAAGUAUCACGUUUGACCUUGUGA